AUGAGUUCACCACGAGAUACUGCUAAUACCCGGGCUGGAUAUGAUCGUGUCCCAGGUGAAGAGCCAAUUAACGAUGACUUGAACAGCAGCAUUCUUCGCCCAUCUUUACCUGUAGAACCACCUUCCUAUGAUUUAGAAUCGGCAGAAAAUGAUAGGCUUAUAGAAAACAUGGAAAUAGAGGCUCCUCAAGGUGACAGUAGUGGCUUAAGUGAACCUUUUUGUGAGAAAUUUAAGCGAUUUAGAACCACACUCAGUAAUAAUGUCGUUGUCCCAGUGCGAGAGAAGAUUAUGGACCCUUUAGCUAGUUUGAUGGCCAUUGGUUCAGAAAGGAUAGAUCUCUAUUUAAGUAAGAUAGGGAAUCCAUUAAUAUUAAGGCGGUUUUUUUACGUCUUUUUAAUGUCAGCUAUCGCUUGGUUUGUCGCGGUUAGUGGAUUAUUACCCAGUGGGCAUGCCAAUGGAACUCUUGGAACGUUUUCUAAUCAUAAUAUUCUUCUUGAAUAUGCAAAACAAUCUUUGGAUUUAUCAAAGAUGGAACGUGAUCUAGAGUAUUUAAGUAGUAUGCCUCACAUGUCAGGUACCAAGGGAGAUACCGCGAUUGCUAAGUACAUUCAAGAAUCAUAUAGAGCUAACGGAUUGAAGUUAGUGAAAGAUAUGCAAUAUAGAGUUCAUUCCAACUACCCAGGUAAUGUAUCAUUGACUGCAUGGACAAGAGAUUCCCCAGACCAAGCAAUCGAUUUCCCAUUGGAUGAAAAGAAUUUCAAUCCAUUAGGUUCUAAUGGAGAAUUACAAAAUGUUAAUCUAAUAUAUGCAUAUAAAGGGUCUCUAAAUGAUUUACAAAAAUUAAAAGAUGAUAAUAUUCUUAACGAAAAUGAUAAGGAUGAUGAUGAUGCUACUAAAGAUUUCGUCCUGUUGAUGCAUUAUGAUAAAUUCGUCGGUGAACAAAUGAUGGCAGCACAAGAGCUCGGUGCUAAAGGUGUUAUUUUCAUUUCAGAACCUAUGGGGGAUAACAAAGAUAUUGUACAAAUGAGAUCAGUAGGUAUUCCACAGUAUGGUACAGGUGAUGCUUUGACUCCUGGUUGGUUUGGAUCUGCGAAAGAUGAGAUUAAUGCAAAUGAUUCCAAGACGAUACCCCAUAUUCCAUCGCUUCCUAUAUCCAGAGCUCAAGGUGAGAAGUUAUUAUCUCUAAUUCCUAAUAAUGGUGUCCAGUUCGAAGAUAGUGAAUUUAGUGGGCAUAUUGGAGAUACGAGGUUGAAUAUGCAGGUUGAAAAUGCAGUACGUGACCAUCAAACAAUACGUGAUAUAGUGGGUAAAUAUGAUGGUGGGGAACAAACUGAUAAAGCCAUUAUUAUAGGUGCAUCUAGAAAUUCGAUUAAUCAUGGAGCUAUGUAUCCAAAUACCGGCACUGCGUUAUUACUUUCUUUACUACAAUUAUUCCAAGAAAUGAAGUACAAGUAUGAUUGGAAACCGUUAAGAAACAUUUAUUUUAUAUCGUUUGGUGGUAAUGAGUUGAAUUAUGCUGGGUCCACUGAAUUGAUGGAGCAACGUUUGAACGCAAUGAAAGAUGAGGUAUAUACAUAUGUGGAUAUCAGUCAAUUAGCGAUAUGGGAUGACGAGAAGAAGUUAAAUAUCCAAGCACAUCCUUUACUGCAUGAUUUUUUCCAGAAUACUGAGAGUAGACAAGGCUUUGAGGUUUCAGUCGAACAUAUUCAACAAUAUGGUGAUUGGAUUCCAUUUUUGGCCAAUGGCAUCCCUGUAUCAGUGAUAUCUGCACCGAAAAAUAAAGACAAAGAGCUUCCGAUAGAUACUACUAGAGACACCUUUGAGAAUGCGCAGGCGAAACUACGAGAUUCUGAGUCAGUCGGUGAUUUAGUACUUUAUCUAUUCCAUAAAUGUUUAAAAUUAGCUGAUGAGCCAUUAAUACCAUUCAACGUUGAACAAUAUAUUAAUAUAUUAGGAGGCGAAGUCAAUAAGAUAUCAGAAAAGGCUUCAGGUAAGCUAAAUCUGUCAAAAUUGAUAGAGGAUUUAAACAAUUGGAGACGACUUGGAAUAGAAUGGCGAGAUUGGAGAGGUGCAUGGAAUAAAAUCGUUUAUGAACAUGAAAGUGGAGUUGAGCCAGCACCGAUUGCGCCCUCAAGGUGGUUAUGGAAUAGGAAAAUAUGUGAUAUCGGUAGACAACAAUGUUUGCAGGAUGGGUUGCCCGAACAUAACUUUUACAAGAACGUUAUAUUAUCACCUAGAAUAUGGACCCAAGAUGCACCUAAUGGUGCCUGGAUCUUCCCUGCGAUAAAAGAUGCCAUAGUUGAUGGCGAUUGGAGUAGAGCACAAGAACAGGUAGACGUGGUAGAACAAUUACUACAAAAAUCAAUGAUGGACUUUCUAUCACAAGACAAUAAUAAUAAGGGACCUUGGUAA